AUGUCAACGCGCAGCACAACACAAUCGAUCAACAGAAACAUGUCCGUCGACCGCGAGAGACUCUCCAACGCAACAAUCAUUGGCCUCUACAUCGUCUUAGGUCAUUCCAUGAUUGUCAAACUUCCCUCCAAAAAGUCGAAAAACACGUUGGCUCAUUUGUCGAUUGCGUCCACAUGUAUCAAUGGGGUGGAAGUAUCUAAGACCCUUCUUUCGACCUUUCCAAAAAAUUCGGCAGACAAGAAUGUCCGCAGAGAUAAAGAAGUCUCGAUAUUUAAUAUGGUUUCUAAAAUUGUUGCUGGAGACACGUUCAAAUUGGCAAAACGGACAACAGCAGUAAAAACACUGAAACUUAAAAUAUUUAAAGAAGUCGGCCCAUUCACAAGAGACGGGUUGGUCAUCUUUGGAAAGAGAAUCACCGAGUCACUCCUCUCAAGAAAUUUGUCUGGUCGGUGUUCACAAAAGUCGUUCGUUGAUAUUAAAGGGGCUGACAGUGCCAUCAUGAAGAUAUUCACUGAAGUCGUUUCAGUUAAGACCAACGUCUCGUGCGACCCAUUUGAGUGGGUGAAUUCUCAUGAGAAAAGCCUCAAGAACGAGACUAAGAGCGAAACACGGGAAGAAACCUCUUGGGAAAAAAUCGAGAACAUAAAUCACGAUGAUCGGGGUACAAGAAUUCACCAAAGAGGGGUGUUCAGUCCUGUUAAUGUGCGGUUUUAUACAACAAAGUGCUCUGAAUGGUUUGUGUAA